UCCGAUCUCAAGGAAAAGGCCGCGGACGACCUGUGGGCAUUUUAAUUCACAAGUCCCGGGUUUACGUGGAGGAACGAGACUAGUAACGUACUUUGACCUUUAACCUCUAGCCGGUGCAGUGGAGGGAAACGCCUCCGUCUCUAUAUAAGGACUUUUCCGGCCGGCCCGGGCCCUUUUUCCCUUAGCGCCGGCCGCGGGCUUCGGGCGCUCUCUCCGUCCGCUACUGCCGGCCUCCGGGAUCCAGCCGACGCCAUGGGUUUCGGAGACUUGAAAACCCCCGCCGGCCUCCAGGUGCUCAACGAUUACCUGGCGGACAAGAGCUACAUCGAGGGGUACGUGCCAUCACAAGCAGAUGUGGCCGUAUUUGAAGCCGUCUCUGGUCCUCCGCCUGCUGACCUGUGUCAUGCCCUGCGCUGGUAUAACCACAUCAAGUCUUAUGAGAAAGAGAAAGCCAGCCUGCCAGGAGUGAAGAAAUCUCUGGGCAAGUACGGCCCUUCCAGUGUGGAAGACACCACGGGCAGUGCAGCUGCAGAUGCUAAAGAUGAUGAUGACAUCGAUCUCUUUGGCUCAGAUGAUGAGGAGGAAAGCGAAGAAGCAAAGAGGCUCCGAGAAGAGCGCCUUGCACAGUACGAAUCAAAGAAAGCUAAAAAGCCUGCGGUUGUUGCCAAGUCUUCCAUCUUAUUAGAUGUGAAGCCUUGGGAUGAUGAGACAGACAUGACAAAAUUAGAGGAGUGUGUCAGAAGCAUUCAAGCAGAUGGCUUGGUGUGGGGCUCUUCCAAGUUGGUUCCAGUGGGAUAUGGAAUUAAAAAGCUUCAGAUCCAGUGUGUAGUUGAAGAUGACAAAGUUGGAACAGAUAUGCUGGAAGAGCAGAUUACUGCCUUUGAGGACUACGUGCAGUCCAUGGAUGUGGCUGCUUUUAACAAAAUUUAAACCCAUCCUCAGUCAGUGCACUUGAAUAAAAGCUUGAAAACAA